CCGGUUCUGAUGAAAUACAAUGUCAGCUGUUGUAACAAUAAUAUUUCCAUAUAAACAGCCAAACUCCUAGUUACAUUUAACAAGAAUGGAGACAAGAACCGCACCAUUAUUAAGCCUAGUCUUCAGCGACAACGACAGAGAAGCAGAAAUGCCAGAAAGUUUACCGCCCGAGGAUGCAGAGGGGAACAUAGAAUAUAAGCUGAAGCUGAUCAAUCCGACACGGACACGAUUCGAGCAUCUCGUCACGCAGAUGAAAUGGCGUUUGCAGGAGGGGCACGGCGAGGCUAUAUAUGAGAUUGGUGUGGAAGAUUCUGGUCUGCUGGCAGGCCUCACCGCUGCCGAAAUGUCACUUUCCCUCAAGACUCUGGACAGAAUGGCGGAGAAGCUGGGAGCUACAGUGACUCCACUAAGAGUGAGGCAGAUUGAGAUGGAGAAUAGUGAGAAUGGCGAACCGGUCGAAGUUAAACAUGCAUCGGAGCUACUUGUCCGAAAAGUCCCUGAUGAUCAGCAGUUCAUAGAGCUUCGUGUGGCAGUGCUUGGCAAUGCCGACGCUGGGAAGUCCACACUGCUGGGCACACUGACCCACGGCCGGCUGGACAACGGGCGAGGCAGAGCCAGGUUGAACGUGUUUCGUCAUCCGCACGAGAUUCAGUCCGGGAGGACGUCCAGCGUCAGCCAUGAGAUCCUCGGCUUCGACAGCACGGGCCAGGUCAUUAAUUACACUGAGUCGAGGAGAGCGGAGGAUAUAUGCGAGAACUCAACUAAACUUAUCACGUUCGUUGAUUUGGCUGGACAUCAAAAAUACCUGCACACAACCAUCUCUGGCCUAACUGCUUAUGCACCAGACUUUGUCAUGCUUGUGGUCAGUGCCAACACUGGAAUUGCUGGCACGACUAAGGAGCAUCUCGGACUUGCACUGGCCCUGCAAGUCCCUAUAUUCGUCAUGGUUAGUAAGAUCGAUCUCUGUUCAGCAUCUGUGAUAGAAAGGACAACGCAGCAGUUAGAACGCGUGCUCAAGUCACCUGGAUGCAAGAAGGUACCAUUCCGCAUCCACGGCCGUGACGACGCCAUUACUGCUGCCUCCUGUUUCACUGGCGAAAACUACUGCACUGCUCCGAUCUUCUUCACUUCAAGCGUUACGGGCGAGAACCUUGACCUUCUAACGACCUUCCUCAACGUUCUGCCGCAGUUUAGCUCGUUAAAAGAACGUGAGCAAAAGAUUCAGGAUCACCCUGAAUUCCAGAUUGACUCGAUGUUUAAACUACAAGGCACUGGCACUGUUGUGGGUGGAACGCUUGUCAGGGGUGUAGUGUGUGAGGGCAGUAAGCUGUUACUGGGACCCACAGACGCCGGAGAGUUUGAGCUGGUACAGGUGCGAUCCCUGCACAGGAAUAGGGCUCCGUGUAGGGUGGUGCGUGCGGGACAGGCUGCGACACUCGCUCUAGCCGACAGCGACAACAUCGUCACCCGCAAGGGCAUGGUUCUAGUCAGUCCUAGUCUGUCACCCUCCUCCUGUUGGGAGUUUGAUGCAGAGGUUUACAUCCUCUAUCACUUUACUGCAAUCAGCAAGAACUCGCAGGCGACAGUCUACUGUGGAAAUGUUCGUCAGACGGCAGUCAUCAGCAGUAUGGACAAGGAGCUGCUGCACACUAACGAGCGUGCGACGGUGCGCUUUCGCUUCAUGCGACAGCCAGAGUACCUGCAGGUGGGCAGCUGCCUCGUAUUCCGCGACGGCCGAAACAAGGGCAUCGGCAAAAUAUGCAAGGUCUGCGAAUCUUCUGUGACCAAGUCGGCGUCGGCGGUCAGCGACGCAGGUGGCGCUGGUGUCGGCGAGCCGAAACCAGAGGUCGCCCGAGCUGGGUUGGCAGGCGCGGGAAGGUCGGAGGUCAGGAAAGUCGGAGCGGAAGUGGGCAAGUUGAAAACCUUCAUCGGCAAGUUCGGGCCAGGUGUCGGCAAAUUGAAAACUCAAGUUGACGAAGUUGAGUCGAUAGACAAAACGCAAACUAGACUCGGCUAGGCAUAACCUGGCACCAUGCCAAGUAACUACCGGGUCAAAUAGAAUCAAAUUAAUGGUUAGGUUAAUAAAUAAAAGACACAGCAAUGGAGAAUACUCAGGCCGGUAGAGGAGACACUAUAGAUGUUUGUUAUAGAUACCAGAUAUUGAAAAUAAUAGUCCUCCGUAGAAAGCUAGAUGUAUCUCCACUUGUUUUAUUAUGUUUGGAAUUGUUUUUAUGUGUGAAAAUUUUACAGUUGGACUUGGAAGACUUGGAGAAUGUUGUCAAGGCUUUGUUCAAACAAUUGGUUUUUCUCCUGAUAUCUCUCUCCCCCUCCAUCACUCUCUCUUCCUCUUUCCCUCCACUCCUCUCUUUUUCUUUCUCCUUCACUCUGUCUUACUUUCUCUCUCUCUCUAUUGUCCCUUAUUCCACCUCUACCCCUUUCUCCACCUCCCUUCUUCUCUAGAAACAUGUAUUUACUUUUUUGCUCAUUUAAGUGUUCGAGUUUUUGUGCGGGUGAUCUCAUAAAGCGCACUAGUUGCAUGUCGCACUAGACUGGUUCGUUGGGCAGAAUUCCGAGGAAAAGUUAUCGUCUGUGUUAUUCAAUGUUCAGAGGCUAGAUAAAAGAAAUUUCAAUGUAAAUGUAAAAUGCCAACUGUUUAUUUACUUUUGAAUUCCUUCUACAACAACUUUAACACAAUAUAUUCGAUUUUAAAUGAA